AUGAAGCUUGGCUUGUCGUUUGCUGGUUGCGUCUUCACCAGUCAGGCAGAUGGGUGGUGGAAUUUGGUGCUUUUCCGGACGGGCGGUCGAGACGACCUGGUGGAGACGCUCUGCGGGGACAUCCUGCCCAAACCGAUCCUGUCCAGCGGGGAUCGGUUGCUGCUGGAAUUCCGGAGCAGUUUCAACAACACCGAAAACAAGGGCUUUACGGCGGAUUUUUUCUUCGUUACCAAUUUUGGCAUUCCGUCUGGUUAUCAACCGAAAGCUACGGAGUGUAACUUUCACUAUUUCAAAAACGCAACCAACCAGGGUUGGAUUCAGUCACCCAACUUUCCGGGGGCAUAUCCAAGGAAUAUCCGGUGCAAUUACUUCUUCUACGGUGAUCCGCACGAUUAUGUCCUGGUUCGGUUCACCUACUUCGACAUCGAGGGAAUCGCUCCAUGUGACGAGCGAAGUGCGAGCGAUUGGGUGGAAUUCUCUAACUUCCUGACCCGGGACCGGAAGUUUGGCCUGUACUGCGGUUUGCGACGGGACAUGAUGAUCCGAUCGGAUGGGCGCUUCUUCCGGGUAACGUUGGUGACAAACGACCGGCUGGAUGGAACCGGAUUCCGGGCUCUGUACGCUUUCGAGACCAUGAACGGUGCCGUAGGGAUGCUGGCCGGUCCCGGAAUGGGUCACAGUGGCCUCGGAGGGGCCAGCAAUACGGCCCUCGGGGGAUUGGUUGGGGCAGCCGGAGUACCCUACAUAUUCCAACAGCAGGCUCCCUCGGCUGUAACGACGGAACGCAGCAGUUCGGCCACGGUGGCCAAGGUGACCAGCAUAGGCAAACGGAUGGGGAGCGGAACCAGUCGAAGAUUUGAUCACACGAUUUGGACCUUUCUCAUCACGAUAGCAUCCCCGGUGCUGGCAGCUGUGACUUUCCCAGCGGGAAAACUGCUGUCAAUCGAAACCGUCAAAUAUCAUCAGUGAUGAAAACCGCCCGGAGGGUAUGCAACCAGUGAGGGCCGAUGCAUCGAUCCGGUUUAGGAAGAGUGUGAACGCGAACCGAGCUGAGAGUGAGCUGUACCUAUAAGCUUUGUAAAAAUGCAAUUGGACGCGUUGUGUGGUUUAUUUUUACAUCUGAAACACAGACCAACCGGUGGAGAACCGAGGCUAGCAUCAACGUUUUGGUAGCAGCGGAAUGAUGUUUUAUUUCGAGGGAAAAAAUUGGCUAUCCAUUUUUCCUUCUCCAAAGAAGCUUCACUUGGUUCUGUAAUCCUCGUCUGAAGCGUCAGCAAAACAAACACAACCGCACAUCCUUUGUACAUAGAAGGAUUAAGUUUAGGGACACUUUUAUAUUCUGUGGAACAUAAAAAAGCAAAAUGUAUGGGGACCCGAACAAAUGUAGCCGGAGAGCUUUUCUGUUUGGGCAACAUCAACUGAACUGUCUUGCAGUAUUUAAUGAAUACACUUUACAGCACACGAAAGGAUUCCCGCUGUUUUGUUUGGAAGGACACGCGGGGUAGCAGACAGACAGCAGCAGUAGGUAAACAAUGGACCGGAAAGAGAUGGUUCUGUAGCCAGAACUAACACACUGUGCUAAACACCAGCUGGCUCCGGGAUUAGCGAGAGCUGCCGCUAGAAAAUAUUCAUCUAGAUUGGGACCCUUUGGAUAGGGGUUUCGGUUCGGUAUCGUUGGAUUGAAAAUAAAUUUUCUAUAAGUUUUUAGGGAGCUAGAUUCUUUAUCUUAGCACCUGGAUCUUAAAUUUAGAGUAGGACACACCCCGAAUCGAUGGCUUCAGAAUUCAAGCAAAUUCUGCUAAGAUUUGAUUUCUUAGUUAAACUAUUUUCGAUUUUACAUAAAACGUACGUAAAAUUUUCAAAAUUUCAAAAUUUCUACCACUUUUCCAAACACCAGUGAACUUUCUCUUAGUACCUAGGUGUUGUGGAUAAAAUAUUCAUAUGGGUUGUUUCCUGUGGGUGUUCAAUCACACAUUGGCAACACGUUUUGGAAAUCGUUUUUUUUUUAGAAAAAAUCAUUGAGUAGGAAUGGACUGUUGGAAAAAGAGGUAUGAAGGUUAAAGUAUUUCUUUAUUAAAACAAUACUUGAACUUGUUAAUUACUAGUUUAUUACUUAUUUCAAGAGAAUAAUUCAGUAUCGUGUUGAUAGCACGUGGGCCUGACGAAAAAUGACCAAUUUUCACUUAUUGAUUUGGUAUCCACGGUAGCAUAAGUCGAUGCCUACUGUGGUAACAAAGUAGAAAAAAUAUUUGUAUGAAUUUCAACUAGCGAGAAAAAGAAUAGCAUUUUGAGUGAACACCUUUUUGGAAAGGAGAUUGUUGAGAGGACCACUUACUUGAGUACGUGAAAAAAACAAUAUAGCGAGUUAGAAUGACAGCAAACAGAAAAUCAGCUUUAGUUAAAGAAUUGUCGGGUGAACAGCUAAUAAAAAAAAAUUACUAGAAAUGUGAAUUCACAAAAAAAAACAGGAGUGUUUUUGGUUCCGAAUUUAAGAUCUAAGUGUACUACGAAUACAUGACAAAUCUAAAAUAACUGUUACACAAAUUUCUCUAUUGCCUAUUUAUUCUUUAUUUUUUGCUGUUGCAGGUUCUUAUAACGCGAAGUUUACUUAAAACAACAUAAAAAAGUAAUAGAGGCUUUUUCCUGUGAAAUUUGACUCAUCAAAAAUAAUUAUGUCCUGUCGGUCGCCAGAUGCUGUUUGAAUUUUUAAGAACCGAAUACUUCUAGACAUUGGUACCUUUGGUGACCGCGCUUUAAAAUGACUCAAGAAAAAUGGCAAAAAAAAAUCCACAAAAUUGACUUCAACCAGAAUUUGAAAGGAAAUAUAUUUAAGUGUGUUUACUCGGUUAGUGUCUUAACUUGUCAAAUCAUCUCCCCGUAAAUAACUAAAAAGCGCAUGUACAUACACAAUUAACCUCAAGAGAACAGAUUCUUAGCGGAGAGGCACCCUAGAAAAAAACCGCAAAAGAGUCCUUCUCCCGCUGCUGUUGCUUCGAGUUGUGACCCACAUUUUCCCUAGCUUUCCAGAUCCAGACCAAUCCCUAUACCGGUGUUUAGAGUGUAUGAAUGUAUGAAUGGCAACCAACUUCCCUUAUAACUGGCACUCACCUUUAGCAGCACCGGUGUCACCGGAAGUGGAACCGGAAAAAUGCCUAGGUAGGAAGGCAUGUCAUUCGUUCUGUCCUGUCCUGUCAGACGGGCAGGCAGAUAAUUAAGUUCUUGUUCUUUCAAGAUGACGUUAAAGGUCUCCCUAGAGAGGGAGAAAAAUACGGGGCGGCUCGACUAGUGCCGUCAUCGAGACCGUGGAGUAUGCGGCUGAAUAAAGUUGAAUCCCUCAUUUUGU